AUGCCUGCCGUCGAGACCAAAUUUGACCCCAAGGACAUGUACGUAGCCUCCGUGGAAUGCCUCAAAGUUUCCGUUCUCUCUCUAGGAGGAUGGUUGACCUACGGUGGAACCCAAAAAGGCUCCAUCGUCAAGGACUGCAUGCAAGCAGCCUGGGACCAUGGCAUCAACACAUUCGACACUGCUGAAGUGUAUGCAGCUGGACAGUGCGAGAUCGAAAUGGGUCAGGCCCUCAAGGAAUUGGCUUGGCCCCGUGAUGAGUUCGUGCUCACGACGAAGGUCUUCUUUGGAACGUCUCGCAAGGAGCCUAACACAAGAGGACUAUCAAAGAAGCACAUAAUCGAAGGCUUGAAGAGCUCUCUGGCCAGGCUCCAGACACCAUACGUCGACAUCGUCUUCGCACAUAGGCAUGACCCUGAUGUUCCAAUGAGGGAGAUUGUGGAAGCCUUCACUCAAACGAUCCACAUGAACCUGGCUUACUACUGGGGCACUAGCGAAUGGUCUGCGGAUCAGAUUCAGGAGGCUCAUGACAUCGCGGAGAAGUACAACCUCAUCCCCCCAACCGCUGAGCAACCGCAAUACAACGCUUUCCACCGCGAGCGUUUCGAGAAGGAGUACGCGCCCUUGUUCGAGAAGUACCAGUACGGUACGACCAUCUGGUCCCCACUGGAUUCUGGCAUGUUGACUGGCAAAUACAACGAUGGCAUUCCGGAGGGCUCGCGCUUCGCCAACAACUCUGACAUGAUGAAAUCAAAGAUCGAGGCUCUGAAGAGCGAUGUGGGCCAGAGCAAGAUCAAGAAGGUCAAGGAGCUGACCAAGAUUGCCGAGUCACUGGGAGGAAACACGACUCAGCUGGCCCUAGCCUGGUGCGCAAAGAACCCCAAUGUUUCGACUGUCAUCUUGGGUGCAACGAAGCCAGAGCAGAUUGUCGACAACUGCGGCGCUAUGAAGCUCUUGCCUAAGUUGACAGAUGACCUGAUGAAGCAGAUCGAGGACAUCCUCGGCAACAAGCCAUAGAGCGUUACAUGUGACGCGGGGAAUAUAGCAGAUCAUCAAGAAUAAUACGAUCUUAUAGU